AUGAAGAGUGAGCUUUUAGAUGGUGCACCACCGGGCACAGUAGCUGUAUGCCAUCCAAGUGGUUGGAUGCAACAACAUAUUUUCGCCGAAUGGGUGCGCCACUUUAUCUCCUAUGUAAAACCAAGAAAAGAAGAUCCCGUGCUUCUUGUCUUAGAUGGUCACGCCACACACACUAAAAACCUAGAAGCUAUUGAGUUAGCUCGUGCGCAUGGUGUCAUAAUGCUCUGCUUGCCACCUCACUGCACGUAUCGCUUACAGCCACUCGAUGUUGGUUUUAUGGGGCCAUUGAGCACGUUUUACUCGCAAGAAAUCCAGUUAUGGCUUCGAAAUCAUCCGGGGCGUGUUGUCACCCAAUUUCAAAUAGCAUCUUUGUUUGGAACUGCUUAUAAUCGUGCCGCUACAAUGCAAAAUGCAGUGUCUGCUUUCGCCAAAACCGGAAUUUGCCCUCUGAAUCCCAAUAUUUUUACAGACAUAGAUUUUGCACCAUCACAGACAACAGAAAUAUCAUGUGUACCAACCACAAAUGAAAUCUCUCAGGAUUCAUUGCCUCGAGAAAGAACUCCAUCCCCGCAAGCAGGAACAUCUACAGAAGGACAAAUAUUUCCAAAUCCUAUAAGUCUUGUAUCGCCGAAAGAUAUCAUGCCGAUUCCUCAUUUUAAAAAAACAAUCCGGCCAUCGACGCGUCGAGGAAAAACAGCAAUUUUAACUGAAUCGCCGUAUAAAAAUGAACUGGCUGGAAAAUCUACGCAAUCAGUUAUCAAAAUAAAAUUUAAAGGCAGAGGUAAAGGUAUCGGGAAAAAGACCAAUAAAGAAAACAAUCAAGAAGAUUCGGAGUGUUUGGUUUGUGGUGAAAAGUAUAGUCUAACUAAGUCCACAGAUGAAUGGUACCAAUGCACCGCUUGUCUUGAAUGGGCUCACGAAAGUUGCAUUGGUUGUUCUGAGCAAGAAUUAUUAUUUUUUGUAUGCAAAAACUGCGAAUAA